CGUGUGGCAUCUCCUAGAGCAAUACAGGCAAUGGCAAACAGCCCGCCCGUGGUGAACCUUACGGGGAAUCUGUGGCUUACCAGGCAAGAGGAGAGCGACGUAUGCAGGGCCUUGGCUCAGGCCAACCAAGGGUUACCUUACCGAUGGGAGCUGGCGCGAAUCCACACCGCGCCCAUCACAUCAGCCUUCCACAGCAAGAAGAUUGGGAAAUUUGGGAAGAACAUGCCCCCUGCGGACUGGGAGAAUGAGCCCGAGCCAUCCCAUGAGCCAUCUCCCUCGUUGGAUUCGGCUUGCCCCUCCACCUUUGGCCGGAAGGACCAGGUGCGAAGACCCAAGGGGAUGAUUGGUCCGAGGGCGGCGUCGAAGCUUCCACUUGAGGCCUUCAGCAAAGCUCCGCGAAACGGAUCGGACAUGCAGGAUGGAAACGGCUCCAAAGUGCCAGACGAGGGCCCCAUCUCGGAGGGACUCCACAAGCACAAGAGCCCCAAGGGCGGCACUGGCAGCAGCGCAGAUCCUCCAUCGCCUGAGCAGCCGGAGGGCCCUCCGCUCAAGGCUGCGAAGAAGGACGUAAGCUCGAAGCCUGGGAAAGGGAGCAAAGACGCAAUGCCUGAGACCGAGGGCGAUGGCGGAGUUGGAAGCGCGGAGAUGAACCACUUGGAGAGCCUCAUCUCACAGCUGACGGAAGAGCAGCAGGAGCAGAUCAACGAGGAGUUUGGCUCGGAGGACAUGGUGAUCGACAUCGACGGGAUGCUGCCCGAGCGACGUGAGGAGCUGCAUCAGCGCAUGGAGGAGAUGUUGGGGAUUCCUCAAAGAGACAGGAAUCAGCGUGAACACACUUCGCCGCCUUCUCCUCCAGGGAGUUGAUAGUAGUGACACGAGGCCUCUCCAGCAGGUGCCGUGCUGAAAUUGGCAGGCGCCAACCUGGAACUUUGAAGUGCAGUGAUUGUGAGCGGCCUGAUUGGUGGCAGAAUGUUCCAGGAACGCUUUGCCCCCAGGCUACGCCAAGAUGACUACGGCCUACGCAGCUGACAACGCA